CUGCAGGCCAACCCCAAGUCAGGAACGCCUCAAAAUACACAUAAACAUAGAACUUUUGACCGCAUCAUGAUCAUGAUCACAUGGUCCCUUAUACUUUCCUACUAUGCCAUUUGGUGAAGUAGUGUGUGGAGCGCCAGGAAGCGGUAAAUCGACCUACUGCCAUGGAAAGUACCAGUUAUUUACUGCUUUGAAUCGCCCAAUAUCCAUUGUCAACCUUGACCCAGCUAACGACAACAUACCUUAUCCAUGUGCCAUCAAUAUAACUUCUUUAAUCACCCUCCAGGAUGUCAUGGACGAGCACGGCCUUGGCCCCAACGGAGGCAUCCUAUUCUGUAUGGAGUACCUAUACGCCAACUUCGAUUGGCUCGAGGCACGGCUGCAAGAGCUGGGAUCCGACGGAUAUGUACUAUUCGACAUACCCGGUCAGGUCGAGCUCAGCACACAUCACGAGGCGCUGAGAUACAUAGUGCAACGAUUGACGAAGAUCGGGUUUAGGCUAGCUGCCGUUCAUCUCUGUGAUGCGCACUAUGUGACCGAUGCCGCAAAAUAUGUUUCCGUACUUCUCCUGUCCCUCCGAACUAUGCUACACUUGGAACUGCCACAUGUCAAUGUUUUGUCAAAGGUUGAUUUGAUAGCUCAAUAUGGAGACCUGGAUUUCAGUCUCAAUUUUUACACGGAGGUUCAGGAUCUUUCCUAUUUGGAGAACGCACUAAACACUUCAUCACCGCGGUACACUGCUCUCACCAAGGAACUGUGCUCUGUAAUCGAGGACUACGGACUUGUAGAAUUCGAAACGUUAGCCGUAGAGGAUAAAGCCUCUAUGCUCCACUUAACACGCGCUAUCGAUAGAGCUACAGGAUACGUAUUCGUACCACCACACGACGCCCCGGCACCAGAAGGGACACUUGAAGCUUCGUCCGUCCCUACAUCGAUGAGGCCCAACACCUUUUCAUUGUUCUCAUCUGCUGCAGGCCCAAUGGCAGGUAGCGUGGGGGAUGUACAAGAACGUUGGGUAGAUGCUCGUGAACAGUGGGAUGCAUUUGAGCGUAAAGAGUGGAGACAGGAAGGUGAGAUGAUCAGGGAAGCAAGGGAAAGGGAGAAAGCAAUCCAAGGUGAACAGAGGGGGAAGAGUGGGAUCAGGGAGCGGAAAUAAUUCAAGUUGUGUGCACCGAUUUAUGCGGUCCAAUAUGACCAUCUGUGAAGAUAAAUUUUGCUUCUGGACUCAGACUUGAGACUCGAGCGCCGAGCAUCCAUCCUUAUCUAACAUAUUGCUCCUGCGCUCCCGAUCCUGGUGUCUCCUUCAGCCGCCCUUUUCU